UGCUGCAGCGAUGGCGUCUGCUGAUCUGAGACAGGAGCUGGACUGUUCCAUCUGCCUGAGCAUUUAUACAGAUCCUGUAACCCUGACAUGUGGUCACAACUUCUGCCGGGUCUGUAUUGAUCGUGUGCUGGAUACACAGGAGGGGUGUGGAGCUUAUACCUGUCCUGAAUGCAGAGCAGAGUGUCAGGAGCGUCCUGUACUGAUACGGAACAUAACGCUGUGUAACAUAGUGGGGAGUUUCCUGUCUACUCGGCCAGAUCAGGAGGAGACUGGGAUCUUCUGCACUCACUGUAUUCACUCUCCUGUACCUGCUGCUAAAUCCUGUCUGCAUUGUGAGGCUCAUCUGUGUGAUAAUCACCUGAGAGUACACAGCAAGUCAGCAGAACACAUCUUAUGUGAUCCUACCACUGCCCUGGGGAACAGGAAAUGCUCCGUCCAUAAGAAGAUCCUGGAGUAUUACUGCACUGAGGACGCUGCCUGUAUCUGUGUGUACUGUUCAGCUGGAGAACAUCGGGGACACCAGGUGGAGAUCCUAGAUGAGGCCUUCGAGAAGAAGAAAGAGAAGCUGAGAACUGUUCUGCAGAAACUGACCAUAAAGAGUGCGGAGACUGAGAAGAGAGUGCAGAGUCUGCAGGAGUGCAGGAGAGAAGAUCCGCUACAAGCAGCAGGUAUAACAGAGAGAGUCACUGUCCUGUUUAGAGACAUCAGGAGACAGCUGGAUGACCUGGAGAAGAGAGUCCUAAGUGAGAUCUCCAGACAGGAACAGCGCGUUUCAAGCUCAGUCUCAGCUCUGAUCCAGCAGCUGGAAAUAAAGAAGGACGAGCUGUCCGGGAAGAUGUGUCACAUUGAGGAGCUGUGUAACAUGACUGAUCCAGUGACGGUCUUACAGGAACCAGACACAGGGGACUUGUGUGGUACUGAGGACACAGAGAGACAUGAUACCCAGGUCCGUGGUGCAGGAGAUCUGGAUGUGAGUCUCAUCUCAGGGAAAUUACAUAUAUUAUCUGAUAUAAUAGCAGGGAUAAAUAGAGGGAUCUAUGUGCCGGAACCUACAGACCUAUUACUAGAUGUAGCCACAGCUGCUAAUAAUAUACAGAUAUCAGGUGACAGGAAAACUGCAUCCAGGUCACCAUACCAGAAUCGCCCAGUAACACCAGAGAGAUUUGAGUGUGAUCAGGUAAUAAGCACCAGGAGAUUCUCCUCAGGGCGACAUUGCUGGGAGGUGGAUGUCAGUAAAUCAUGGUAGUGGAGGGUGGGGAUGUGUUACCCCAGUAUGGACAGGAGAGGAGAUCACUCAAUCAUUGGAUGUAAUAACAAGGCCUGGUGUCUGUAUAAGCAGUCUAGUCCGUACUCAGUGCUACAUGACAGGACAGUGAUCCAAUUAGGUGACAAAUUCUGCUGUGACAGAGUAAGGGUAUAUCUGGAUUAUGAGGCAGGACAGCUGUCCUUUUAUGCUCUGUGUGACCCCAUCAGACACUUACACACCUACACUGCCACCUUCACUGAGCCCCUCCAUGCUGCAUUAUGUGUAUGGCAUGGGUGUAUAACUAUAUCUGGAGGAGUCGGGAGACCAAAGAAAUCUGCCCAGAGACUGGUGACAUCACAGGGGGAGGGGGAUCUGACUGAUGAAACACUUAGCCAAUAGAGUGAUGGUGAUUUAUGUCUGUCUCACUAAUGCUGGGUGCUAGUCAUGGGCAGAGAGAUGCAGUGAAGUGAGUUGAGACACAUGACUCAGUGGAGUGUCUGGAGACCGUGUCUCAGUACAUGGCUCUGUGUAAUGCAGUGCAGACUGUGCACCUGCAGGGAGAGCAGACUGCUGGCAGUGCUGGGACUCAUGGAGGGAGUGAGUCAGACAGUCAUCAGGUCGACCCUGUCUAUGUUGACAGUCAUUAGGUCAACCACUGAAGGUCGACAGUGAGUAGGAUGACACUGACUGAAGGUUGACACAAGGUCAAUUUGGUCAUUAGGUCGACAUGGGCAAGGUCGACACACACAAAUAUUGACACCAGGUUUUUUUUUUUUGGGGGGGGGGGGGGUUGUAGGACCGUUUCAUACCCCCUCUAUCCAAGUGGGCAUAAGGUUGACAACCUUCAGUGGUCGACCUAUACAGGGCUACCCAAUGAUUCGCACCCGACACAGACAUCAGGGAGUGCGUCAUCUAUUCAGCUGCACUGAAUGACGCAAUGAAUCUGAUCCAUCUCCACUGAGUCAGCAUCAGUGUCACAGGCAGUCAGUGCUCAGUGACUCAGACCUCUGCUAUUCAGCUGCACUGGAUGAAUCAUUGAUGAAUCUAAUGAGUCUCCACUGUCACGAAAUUACCCCAUUUAUUUUAUUGAAAUAUAAUAUAGGUUACGUUUUAAAAUAUUGUAAUCAUGUGAAAUGAAAUACUUACUCUAUGUAAAAGAGUGCUCCAAACAGCAAUCUAUUGUCUCUGUUGGUCUUUCCCAACAAAACAUUUAUAAGCAUAUUUCAUUACUGCUUAGAUGUGUCGCUGUUAUAUUCCCAUGGUAAGGAUCCCUCCCCAUUACCCUACACCCACCCUGAUGUGUCACUUACCAGCCACACAAUACCCCGGCUGCCACAUAUCAUCAUGGCGGCCAUGUGACCACUCCCAGCGUCCUGGUGGGAAAUCCCCUCUGACCCCAACAAUAGAGUGCGACACAUCAUGCGGUGUAACCUAUCACAGUCAGCGUAUGUUCCCUCCUUACCCUGUGUUGUGUCAUUCUGGUUGUGCAACGAGUAUUGUGCUGCUGUGUGUUACUGCUGUGUAUUGUGUACUACAUACAACGAAGCAUCAAUAAAUGUCUCAUUCUCUCUUUA